ACACCAUAUAGCACUUAACUACCAACUACCUUGGAGACUAACAAAAUAGUAGUGGUUGUGAUAAAUAUGGCUCUUACACUUCAACGUGCAUUAUCUCAACUACUCAUCCUUGUAGCUUUACUCUCAAUGUUCCUAGUGAUCCCUUCCUUUUGUUUCAACCCCAAAAAGCUUCUUAAUGCUUCAUAUUAUUCCUCAUCUGGUUCAGAUUGGUCACCAGCAGUGGCCACUUGGUAUGGAGCUACAAAUGGAGAUGGAAGUGAAGGUGGAGCUUGUGGUUAUGGAAACGCUGUUGGGCAACCUCCAUUUUCUUCGUUAAUAUCCGCAGGAAGCCCUCUUAUAUAUGACUCAGGCAAAGGGUGUGGUUCUUGCUAUGAGGUGAAGUGCACAGGGAAUUCUGCAUGCUCAGGAAGAGCUGUGACAGUAGUGAUCACAGAUCAGUGUGAUGGGUGUGGUUCAGAUGCUCAAUAUCAUUUUGAUUUGAGUGGGAGUGCUUUUGGAGCAAUGGCAGUUUCAGGUCAAGAUCAGACUCUACGAAAUGCAGGAAAAAUAAACAUUCAACAUAGAAGAGUUGAAUGCAACUAUCCCGGUAGGUCAAUAGCUUUCCACGUGGACUCUGGCUCAAACCAAGAAUAUUUUGCUACAUUGGUUGAAUAUGAGGAUGGGGAUGGUGAUCUUUCAAAGGUUGAAAUAAAGGAAGCACUUGAUUCAGGGUCAUGGGACAUCAUGCAACAAUCAUGGGGUGCAGUGUGGAAAAUUGACAAAGGCUCACCACUGAGAUCACCAUUUUCCAUCAGGCUAACCACCCUUGAGUCCGGCAAGACUAUUGUGGCCAAUAAUGUGAUCCCUGCUGGGUGGACUCCUGGUCAGACUUAUAGAUCAGUUGUGAAUUUUGAAACCUAAACAUGAAGUGUCCAUGAACAUUUUCUAUUUUCUAUCAUGGCUUUUAAUCUAAUGGUUGAAUUUACAAAAUUCA